AGGCUCCUUCCGGCGCCGGCCCCCAGCACUCGCCCGCCCCUGGGAGAACGCCCUGCGGUCGGGUCGGGCCGCGCCGGCGACAUGUGGAACGCCACCUGGGGCGAGGAGCCCGGGCCCAACCUCACGCUGGAGGACGCGGGCUGGGACGCGCCCUGCGGCAACGACUCGCUGGCCAACGAGCUGCAGUCGCUGUUCCCCGCGCCGCUGCUGGCGGGCGUCACGGCCACCUGCGUGGCGCUCUUCGCCGUGGGCGUCGCGGGCAACCUGCUCACCAUGCUGGUGGUGUCGCGCUUCCGCGAGCUGCGCACCACGACCAACCUGUACCUGUCCAGCAUGGCCUUCUCCGACCUGCUCAUCUUCCUGUGCCUGCCGCUGGACCUCGUGCGCCUCUGGCAGUACCGGCCCUGGAACUUCGGGGACCUGCUGUGCAAGCUCUUCCAGUUCGUCAGCGAGAGCUGCACCUACGCCACCGUGCUCUCCAUCACAGCGCUCAGCGUCGAGCGCUACUUCGCCAUCUGCUUCCCGCUGCGCGCCAAGGUGGUGGUCACCAAGGGCCGGGUCAAGCUGGUCAUCCUGGUCAUCUGGGCCCUGGCCUUCUGCAGCGCCGGGCCCAUCUUCGUGCUGGUCGGCGUGGAGCAUGAGAACGGCACCGACCCUCGGGACACCAACGAGUGCCGCGCCACCGAGUUCGCCGUGCGCUCGGGGCUGCUCACCGUCAUGGUGUGGGUGUCCAGCGUCUUCUUCUUCCUGCCGGUCUUCUGCCUCACCGUCCUCUACAGCCUCAUCGGCAGGAAGCUGUGGCGGAGGCGCGGCGACGCGGUGGGCUCCUCGCUCAGGGACAAGAACCACAAGCAAACCGUGAAGAUGCUGGCUGUCGUGGUGUUUGCAUUCAUCCUCUGCUGGCUGCCUUUCCAUGUGGGCCGAUAUUUAUUUUCCAAAUCCUUUGAGCCUGGCUCCCUGGAGAUCGCUCAGAUCAGUCAAUACUGCAACCUCGUGUCCUUCGUCCUCUUCUACCUCAGCGCUGCUAUCAACCCCAUUCUGUACAACAUCAUGUCCAAGAAGUACCGGGUGGCGGUGUUCAAACUGCUGGGCUUCGAACCCUACUCACAGAGGCAGCUCUCCACGCUGAAGGAUGAAAGCUCUCGAGCCUGGACAAAGUCUAGUAUGAACACAUGACCGAGCACUGCACUGAGCAUAGACACCGCUUAGUAUUCUAACCCGAAAGCCAUAGCACAGCAGAACUCGGGAGAAAACAGAGGGUUCAUUUUGCAAUUAGGGACACGCAGAUCUGGAAACAAUUCAGGGGAAAGGAAAGACAGAUAUAUAGGGUACGAGCGGUUUGAACUGACAGCACGGUCUCCCGCGCUGUCACGCUAUCCCUGCAUAGUCACCGCUUAGGAUUUGCGUUCUGUUGGUGGUGCUGGUGAGGGCUUGGCGGUUCGCAGGAGGGAAAUACAGAAAUGACAGAGGGCCAUUAGGGCAAGAUUUG